UAAGAGCCCAGCUGACCAGGUACUCAGGGUCCAUCCUUAAACCACUGCAGACUGACUUAUAAAAAGUCGGUCAGCUUUAUUAAAAACUUAUUUCCUUUUACAUUAGUGGUUAUAUGCAGCUUUUGUGCCAUACUGAGAUGUAAGGAUAGUCCCUGAGUUGGUUUUCGGUCUGAUCUAACAGGAUUUGGAGCCGGGACUUGUGACUUUUAAUGAUGACUUUCGCCAUGCUGCGGCCUGUGGCAACACACUUGGUCUAUUCAGACUUCACUAUCACGUCCGAGGACGAUGAAAACCGCAGCGAAAGCGACGGCAGCUCGGAGCAAAGUUACUGUGGCUCCAGCGAAAAACGAAGAAGGAUUUCACGCAAACUGGAAGGAGACUCGGCGGUGGUCGUGAAACAGAGGAGCGCAGCUAACGCCAGGGAGAGAGGCAGGACCCAGAGUGUCAACACCGCAUUCACAGCUCUUCGGACUCUCAUACCCACCGAGCCGGUGGACAGAAAGCUCUCCAAAAUUGAAACUCUUCGACUGGCAUCCAGCUACAUUUCCCAUCUGGCCAACGUUCUUCUUCUCGGAGACGGCGGCGCUGAUGGACAGCCCUGCCUCGGCCCGGUUCAUGCGCAAGGAGAGAGCGGGACGCAGCAGCCGCGGACCAUCUGCACCUUCUGUUUGAGCAACCAGAGAAAAGGGAUAAAGGAUGGCAAAGACUGUUUUAAAAUGCGAGGGCUGGGUCCGCUGCGAAUGAGACGCUGACUGAAGACCAGUAAAUGAUUUGCAACCUGAAAAUCCUCAAAGACUUUCUCAGGGAAGAGUCAAAGCUGGUGUUAGAUAGCACACACACACACACACACACACACACACACAUGCUGGAUCAGAUGAUGGAACCAGAGAAGAGACUAUUUAUACUUGACUGAGAAAUUAAGCAUAAGCCUUUCAAAGAUGCAGUGCAUUUGUUUGAAACUUAUGAGUUUUUGUCCUUUUUCCCUCCAAAAGUUUUAAAUAAAAUAUAUUUUAUCAAAAUAAAAGCAAUUAUUUUCCUGAUUCUCAGUUUUGAUAAAAAUCUGGUUUGUCCUAUGACAACAAGAAACACAUGAAAGCUGUCAAACAAAAUUAAGUUAGUCAUGUCAAAAUAUGCUUCAGAUUGUGGUAAUGACUGGGACAUUGAUGUACAACUAAAUACAUGCAGAGUAUAUUGACCAAAUGGACAAAAUAAAAAAUAGAAA